GGAAGCUUGAGCUAUAUAACUCACAGGCUGCUGCUCAUCCCUUUCGCCAGUGGAGUUUCACUACGAGCUUCUGCACCACACCGGGCAGACAGGAACACAAACACAAGCAAAAGCUGGCAGGCUGACACUUACGGGCAGCUUUACAGGACGGAUUAUCUGGUAACUGACCAUUUAGCUGUGACACACUCGGACUCCGUGUAAACGUGGGAUUUCGACCAUGAGCUCAGUCGCUGUACUUACGCAAGAAAGCUUUAAUGAGCAUCGCAGUGGCCUUCUGCCCGAACAGGGCAAAGCUGCUGUGGCAGGGCCUAGCGGUGUUGAAGAGGAGGAUAGCCUUCCCACCUACAAGGAUGCCUUUCCCCCUCUGCCUGAAAAGCCUUUGCCAGAGGGGUUACAGGAGACUGGAAAUGCCUGGACGUCUAAGAUCAAACCUCUCAAGUCCUCAUUAAUUACCCAGGUUUUCCAUGUGCCUCUGGAAGAGCGUAAGUACAAGGACAUUAACCAGUUUGGAGAAGGAGACCAGGCCAAAGUAUGUCUUGAUAUUAUGCACAAGACUGGAGCCCACCUGGAACUCUCCAUGGCUAAAGACCAAGGCCUCUCCAUAAUGGUCUCUGGGAAGCAUGACGCAGUCAUGAAAGCCCGCAAAGAGAUUGUGUCCCGACUGCAGACUCAGGCUUCAGCUACUGUGGCCAUCCCCAAAGAACAUCAUCGCUUUGUCAUCGGCAAGAGUGGGGAGAAGCUGCAGGAGCUCGAGCUGAAGACUGCCACCAAGAUCCAGAUCCCUAGACCCGAAGACCCCAGUAACCUCAUCAAGAUCUCUGGAACCAAGGAAGGCUUGGAGAAGGCCAAGCAUGAGAUCCUGCUCAUCUCUGCUGAGCAGGAUAAGCGUGCUGUGGAGAGAAUGCACAUUGAAAAGGUGUAUCACCCCUUCAUCACUGGAGCUUAUAGCAAGCUGGUGGGGGAGUUGAUGCAGGAGACAGGAGCCCGCAUUAAUGUCCCUCCACCAAGUGUGAACAAAACCGAGAUCGUCAUCACUGGGGAGAAAGAGCAGGUGGCCCUGGCCAUAGCCAAGAUCAAGAAGAUUUAUGAGGAGAAGAAGAAGAAUACCACCACUAUUGCAGUGGAGGUGAAGAAAUCUCAGCACAAGUAUGUAAUUGGGCCUAAGGGUAACACACUGCAAGAGAUCCUGGACAGGACUGGCGUCUCGGUUGAGAUCCCACCCCUCGACAGCAGCUCAGAGACGGUAAUCUUGCGUGGGGAGCCAGACCGGCUGGGCCAGGCACUAACUGAAGUGUAUGCCAAGGCCAACAGCUACACUGUGUCCUCAGUCUCUGCUCCUUCUUGGCUUCAUCGUUUUAUUAUUGGCAAGAAAGGACAAAAUCUGGCAAAGAUCACACAGCAAAUGCCCAAGGUGCACAUUGAGUUCACCGAGGGAGAGGACAAGAUCACACUGGAGGGUCCCACCAAAGAUGUACAGAUAGUACAUGACCAGAUUGAAGCCAUUGUUACAGAUCUGGUUAGCCGAAUGGACUACACUGAGAUUAGUGUAGACCCCAAGUUCCACCGACACUUAAUUGGAAAAGGCGGUGCAAACAUUAACCGCAUAAAGGAGCAUCACAAAGUGUCAGUCCGCAUUCCACCUGACCACGAGAAGAGUAACCUGAUCCGUAUCGAGGGUGACCCCCAGGGAGUGCAGGAGGCCAAGAAGGAGCUGCUGGAGCUAGCGUCACGCAUGGAGAAUGAGCGUACAAAGGACAUGAUCAUUGAACAGCGUUUUCAUCGAGUCAUCAUCGGACAGAAAGGGGAGAAUGUCAAGGAAAUUCGAGAUAAGUUCCCGGAGGUCAUCAUCAACUUCCCUGACCCAGCGCAGAAAAGUGACAUUGUACAACUACGUGGACCUCGCACUGAGGUGGAAAAAUGCACAAAGUUUAUGCAGAAAAUGGUGGCUGAAAUGGUUGAGAACAGCUUUUCUGUCUCAGUUCCCAUUUUCAAGCAAUUCCACAAAAACAUAAUUGGCAAAGGUGGAGCAAAUAUAAAGAAGAUCCGUGAAGAGACUAACACUAAGAUUGAUCUUCCCGCGGAAAACAGCAACUCUGAAAUGAUUGUCAUCACUGGAAAGAAGGCAAACUGUGAGGCAGCAAAAAACAGGAUUCUGGCCAUUCAGAAAGAACUGGCAAAUAUUACAGAGUUAGAGGUGUCCAUCCCCUCAAAACUGCACAACUCCCUUAUUGGAUCCAAGGGGCGUUUUGUGCGUUCCAUCAUGGAGGAGUGCGGUGGCGUGCACAUCCAUUUCCCAACAGAGGGCUCUGGCAUUGAUGCAGUGACAAUCAGAGGCCCCGUGGAGGAGGUAGAGAAAGCCAAGAAACAGCUGCUUUCCCUGGCAGAAGAAAAGCAAACUAAAAGCCACACAGUUGAGCUUCGUGCCAAACCUGAAUACCACAAGUUCCUUAUUGGAAAAGGAGGUGGUAAUAUCCGCAAGGUGCGGGACAGCACAGGUGCCAGGAUCAUCUUCCCUACUGCUGAAGAUAAGGAUCAGGAGUUGGUCACAGUCAUCGGUACAGAGGAAGCUGUAGCAGAAGCACAGAAGGAGCUGGAGGCACUUAUUAAGAGCUUGGAUAACGUUGUAGAGGAUUUCAUGACCGUCGAUCCCAAGCACCAUCGGUUCUUCGUGUUACGUCGCGGCCAAGUCCUGAGGGAGAUCGCUGAUGAGUAUGGUGGAGUUAUGGUCAGUUUUCCCCGAACUGGCACACAGAGCGAUAAGGUCACCCUAAAGGGAGCCAAAGAUUGUGUGGAGGCAGCGAAGAAACGCAUUCUGGAGUUGAUUGAGGAUUUGGAUGCACAAGUGACCAUGGAGUGUGUGAUCCCUCAGAAGUUCCACCGCUCCAUAAUGGGGCCUAAGGGCUCUCGGAUACAACAGAUCACUAAAGACCACAAUGUGCUGAUCAAAUUUCCAGACAGAGAGGACCAGCAAGCUCCAUCAGCUGAUGCUCCAGUUCAGGAGAAUGGAGAGGCCAAUGGAGAGGUGAAGGAGCCUGCCGAUCCUUUAGUCCCAAAGAAGUGUGAUGUCAUUGUGCUGUCUGGCCGCAAGGAGAGAUGUGAAGCUGCCGUUGAAGCACUAAAGGCUUUGGUUCCUGUGGCCAUUGCGGUGGAAGUGCCUUUUGAGCUUCAUCGCUACAUCAUUGGUCAGAAAGGAAGUGGAAUCCGCAAAAUGAUGGAGGAGUUUGAGGUUAAUAUUCAAGUGCCUGCUCAUGAGUUACAGUCUGACAUUAUCUCCAUUACUGGCCUGGCCUCUCAUCUUGACCGUGCUAAGGAGGGACUUCUUGAGCGUGUCAAAGAGCUACAGGCCGAACAGGAGGAUCGGGCUCUCAGGAGCUUCAAGCUGACUAUCACUGUGGAGCCCAAGUAUCACCCCAAGAUCAUUGGACGCAAGGGUGCCAUAAUCACCCAAAUCCGCAAUGAGCAUGAGGUCAACAUUCAGUUUCCAGAGAAAAAUGAUGAGAACCAGGAUCAGAUUACCAUUACUGGCUAUGAGCAGAAUGCUGUGGCAGCACGUGAUGCUAUUCAGGCUAUAGUGGGUGAACUGGAGGAAAUGAUCUCCGAGGACAUCACCCUGGACAGCAGAGUCCAUGCUCGAAUCAUAGGGGCACGUGGCAAGGGAAUCCGCAAAAUCAUGGAUGAGUUUAAGGUUGAUGUUCGGUUCCCUCAGAGUGGAGCUGCAGAUCCCAAUUUAGUGACUGUGACUGGUCGUCCAGAACAGGUUGAUGAAGCCAUUGAUCACCUUCUAAACCUGGAGGAGGAAUAUCUGGCUGAUGCAGUUGAAAAUGAAGCCAAAAUGGCCUAUAUGAAGCCUUCUGGUUCCACUGCCUCCAGCAUGGAAGAACCUCGAGGCCCAUCCAAGGGCUUUGUUGUGCGGGAGGCUCCUUGGGCAUCUGGCAAUGAAAAGGCCCCCGAUAUGAGCAGUUCUGAGGAAUUCCCCAGUUUUGGUGCACCUGUGACUAAUGCGAGAUCGUCUCCAUGGGGACCCAAACGUUUUUGAAAUGAGUGUCCUUCAGUGGUUGCAACCUCCUGGUUCCACUUACUAUAAUCCCUCAUUUGGAUGUGGAUUGACACCUUACCAUGACAACCCUAACCCCCCCCCCCCCCCCCCCCACCCCCCCGGCCAACUUAUCAGCACAUUUCCUCUGCUCAAAUUUAUUCUGCUAAUAAGGGUUUUGAUGAUGCUCUGUGACCCUUGUAAACAAAAGUGAUGAUAAACAUUAUUAUGGGUGUGGCCUCUACCAGGUUCACCUGAAUUGGUAUGAAAUAGUGUGACCUGUUUGCAUUUAAGCGAGAAUCUCAAAUUGAAGGAAAACGAAAGUAGUCUUGGCCAUAUUUCAGGUCUGUAACAAUCCAGGUUUAAGUGAAUCUUGAUAUGACUUAAAAACUAUUUCAUUACAAAUGUUAUUUCUUGGGUUUAUUAAGCUGCUCUGUCUCAUAGUUGCCUUCGCAGUAGGGUUUGGGGAAAAUGUACUGUAUACCUCUGAAAGAUGUUGCUUCUGGUUAAAGUCAGAAUAAUUCAUAGGAAAUGGGUGACCAGCUGUACUUUUGUCUGGUUCCCUGGGGUAGCCGUUGUGUUGCAGACAUUUCGCUGGUCUCUUUCCCCAUUCCUAAUUCCCUAUCUCUGGGAAAUUAUUCCAUGCAGCCUUUACAGCUUUCCAUCUUAAUGGGGGUCUAUUCACUACAAAGUAUUUUCAAACUGCCAUUUGCUUUGGAAGUCCCAGGAAUAUUAUCUCAUGAAGUAGAACUCUCAAGGUUCCACAAGUCUCUAAAACGUACACUAAACUGCUUAUACUCUUUCAUUUUGUUUUUGAUAUUCAGAAAUCAUGUGUAUGAAAGAUUAUAAUAUUUGGAAGAAU